AUGCGCGGCAUCCAGGUCAAGCAAUACGUCAAGGGCCCCCAGGACCUCACAGUCACGGAUCUACCUGAACCCAAGCCCGAGAGCAACGAGUACCUGAUUCAAGUGCACGCCGCCGCCACCAACUUUUUCGACAUUCUUCAAGUUCAAGGGAAAUAUCAGCAUCAGCCUCCUUUCCCAUGGAUCGCGGGAAUGGAAUUCGCCGGCACAGUCUUGUCUGCACCUCAGACGCAAGGACAAGGACAGCCGGCCAGGUUUCCCGUGGGAGCACGCGUCUUCGGUGCCUCCCAGGGUGCAUUCGCCACGAGGGUGUGCGCGGCCGAGGCCAACCUCCUCCCCGUUCCCGACGGGUGGUCUUUCCAGGAGGCGGCAGGGCUCUUCGUCACGGCACCGACGAGCUACGGUGCUCUCGUCGUGCGCGCCGGCAUCAAGAAGGGUGACGUUGUUCUCAUCCACGCUGCAGCAGGUGGAGUUGGACUCGCAGCUGUUCAGGUGGCCAAGGCUUUCGGUGCAACAGUCAUAGCGACGGCCUCGACUGCCGCGAAGCUCUCCGUGGCCCGCAAGUUCGGCGCCGACCACACGGUCUCGUACGACGACGGCUCCUGGCCCCAAAAGGUCAAGGAUCUCACACCCGGCCGGAAGGGAGUCGACAUAGUCUACGACCCCGUCGGCCUGGUGGACGCCUCGACAAAGUGCGCCGCCUGGAACGCGCGCAUCCUCGUCGUCGGCUUCGCCGCCGGCGCCAUCGAGCGCGUCCCCACCAACAAGUUCCUCCUCAAGAACAUCUCCCUCGUCGGCAUCCACUGGGGCGCCUACGCCGGGAACGAGCCCGAGACCGUCGCCCUCGUCUGGAGGGGCAUCAUGGAUCUCGUCGCCCGGGGUAAGCUCAGGGGCACCGAGUAUACCGGGCACGAGUACGUCGGGCUCGAGAGCGUCAAGGAUGCCCUCGUCGCGCUGGGCAGCAGGGGCACCUGGGGUAAGGUCGUCGUCAAGUUGCCCCAGGAUGGUGGCAGCAAGCUGUGA